UUGUCACCACAUAACUUCCGGAACUUUGGCUCGCCCAGAGAUCCAUCUACUGGUCGUGUAACCGAAAUAUCACCAGAGGCGGCCUUUUCUCUACCCACGACACCCACACUGUCACCGCAUGAGGCUCGACUAAUGCAACACUUUAUUGAGCAUCUAGCUCCGAGUAUCGAUGUUGUUUGCCGAGACUCGAUAUUUGGUCGCCUCGUGCCUCGUAUGGCGUUUCUUUCACCAAUUCUUUUAACGUCAAUAUUCGCGUGUGCCUCCAAGCAUAUGUCUAAGACGAUAGGAAUGACGGAUCCGACGCCAGAGACCUACUUCCAGGAAACACUGGAUCACCUAAUACCAGUGCUGAACGAGCCCGACGCACUGAUUGAGGACUACAUAUUGGCUGCUGUAGUCAUUCUAAGAGUCAUGGAAGAAAUGGACAUCUCUCUUUCCGGUUACGAUCAACAGAGUCAUCUGCCUGCUUUACAUGCUCUCAUUAGCGCGCAAGAAAGAAUUGCUACACGAGGCGGUCUACGACAAGCGGCUUGGUGGGUUGGCUUCCGUCAAGAGAUGGUCGUGGCUUUCAUCAAUCAGAGGCCGAUUGUACCCGUAUUGGAACACUGCAACCUGGAUCGUUCAUUCUCAGCGGCGGAUGACUGUACAUGGACCAAUCGGAUCAUCGUCCAUUGCGCGGAUGUGAUCAAUCACUGUUUCCAGAACGGUUCACUCAAUCAAACGGCGUAUCAGGCACUCAACGACUACGGAGAAGCAUGGAUGGCCCAUAAGCCUCGAUCUUUCAACCCGAUUUUUCAAUCUCAACCCUCUGGCGUCAAGGGAAACUUGUUCACGAAGACUUGGUAUACCGGCGACGCCAUUGCUAAGGGUAUCCAGCAUUACCACUUGUCGAAAAUUCUUCUUGUCGCUCAUGACCCAAAUAUACCCAGACUUGGUUUGCAGAGGAAGGCAUUUGAGCAGACUGUUGAUGAACAACUCAGAUUCCAUGCAAGAACUCUGUGCGGCAUCGCUCAGGGUGGUUGCAAAACAGCAGCCAUUUGGGUCACUUCAUGCAUGGGUAUAUCAUGGUGUGGUGAUCGCUUUACUUCUCGCAUAGAGCAAGAAGAAUUGCUUGAGAUAUUGAAGUACACGGACAGGGUUCAUGCCCGGCACACACUGUCUACACAGAAGCAUCUCAUACAAGCUUGGGACUGGCCGGCAGACACCUAA